GUUAUCUGGCCGGCGAUGGAUCCCCGGAAACGGUUGAAUCCAAACCGGCCGCCGCCAGGUAUUCAGAACGGGGAGGCAGCGGGUCUUUGGAACAUGCUGCCGGCGGGUAUUGGGAACAUUGCCCAGGGAUACAUCGACCGGGUGCUUCCUCCUCCUCCACCACCGCCGCCACCACCGGUCAUUCAGAUAUAUAUUAAGAACGUGGAGGUGAAGGUCGAAAGGGGCAAGGAGAAGGAUCGAGGCCAUGUUCAUCAUGAAAAUUAUGCUAAGGAACAUGGUGGAGGAACAGGCACGCGAAAGUCAACAACGUCGGGGGGCCAAGGUUCCCAUUACCUCACACAACAGUCACAAACUCAUGCAAAGCAUAGCUCAAUGACAAGCUCAAAGCAAAGUGGAACCGGAAAUACAAGCAUGAGGAGUAGUACCACAAGCUCAAAACAAAGUGGAAUGAGCAACACCAGUCAGAGUAGAACUACGACGGGUUCGGAGAGAGGUCAAUCAAGUAGCACAACAAAGGAACACCGUGGUGGAGGAACAGACGCGCGAAGGUCAACAACGUCCGGGGGCCAAGGUCCCCAUUCUUUCAGACAGCAGUCACACACUCAUCAUACAAGUCAUAGCUCAACGACAACCAUGAAACAAAGUGGAACAGGCAAUACAAGCACGAGGGUUACUACAAACUCUAUGACAACCUCAAAGAAAAGUAGCACAAGACAGAUUGAGAAGGGCAAUAGAAAGGGUAAUAACAUCAAAUAGUGGUGCUGGAGCUGGAGGCAGAGGCAGGGGGACAUUACGUGGAUCUGGAGGCGGAGACUGGCGAUCACAUGGUGGAAGCCACGCUCAAUUUAAGCCAAUAAAUUAAGUAUUUUGCUAUGUACUGUACUAUUUGUAGCGAUGAUGGUUUGAACAUUGCAAUUGUUUUGUCUAACCAAUGAACCUGUGUUGUCUUAAUACAAGUACUGUUUGGUUCACUAA